GUACGCUUAGUGUCUUCCAAAGAGGCGAAAGGCCAGUCUGAAUUGUAAGGGUCUGUUUGUAACAGUUUUUGCUUUUAAAAAAGUGUUUUUUUAAUGAAAUGGGGAGAAGUGAUUAACUAAAAGUUGAUAGUGUUUGAGAAAAAAGUGAUUUUGAAAAGUAAAAGUUGAUAGUGUUUGGUAAAAUAAGUGCUUUUUAUGUAAUAGAAAAAGUAAAAGCACUUUUGACACGAAAGUCGAGAAAAAUAAAAGUUGUAAUGUUUGGUAAAAGAAGUGCUUUUUUAAAGUCAAAAGCUGAGAAGUGUUUUUUUUAAAGUGGUUGCAAACCAACCCUAAGACUGGUUUAUUUGGCUGCAUUUUAAAUGACUUCAUACAACUAUACUAAGUAAAAAUAUUUUUUUGGGCCUUGAUUUUGUUUUGGGCUCUGUGCGGUUGGACUGCCAGUACAUGCUCUGGGCCGGCUCUGUAGCCCAACUCUUACUCCUGACUACGCCCCUCAGUCUAACGGUGGUUGAUAGGUCCGUAUUUAGACACACAAUUCUCAAGUUUAGCUCAGGUUAUGUUUACCGUUGGUUCGAGUUUUGUGUCGUUUGGAGUGAAAAUCAGGAAUGUAGAGUCCGACAUCGGUGCUUGAGAAGCAAUCAAGAAGAGUUGGUGAGCAUUCGAGAGAGAUUUGAGAGUUUAGGAGGCCACAGGGAGGUUCACAACGAAGAUUUGAUGAAGAAAAGGCAUUUGGUUAUAUCAAGGAAGCAUCCAGGAGAAUUUGGAGCGAGAAACGAUGAAUUAUGAUAAAGAAAAGGCUAGGCACGGCUGUGCCUGAGCACAGCCGUGCCCAGCCUUAGGCACGGUGGUGCCUAUAGAAGAAGAGUGUUCUAAAUUUCUGGAAAGGCAGGCACGCCGUGCCUGGCCUUAGAUACAUUCGUGACUGCAGUGUAACGACGUAUCCAUAUAUUCCGUGGGAAGCUAGGCACGGUCGUGCCUAGCAGGGAGGCACGUCGUGCCGGGAUGCGAAUCUCGGCCUUGCUCCGCAGGCACGUCGUGCCUGACCCCGUUUUUCCCAGUUUUGGUCAAAUUUUACCUGUUUUCUAUAAAUAAGGCCACCAUUCUCCUGUUUAAGGGUUACGAACAUUAUAGAGAGGUCCAGGGACGAAUUUAUCUGCGUUUUUCCGCUUUGUUCUUCAAGACACUGGGAUUAUUUGUAAGUUCAAUCUUUUUAAUUAAUGACAAUUAAUUCUAUUCA